AUUCAGUUGACAAAUUUGGCAUUGCGUGCAGUCUCCAGAGUCUAUAGUCUAUCUACCAUUCAAGGCACCCACCUGCCCUUCGUUUCCCUGCCCUUCUUCUUCGUCCCCAGAAGGAAACACCAGAUUUCCCUUCGAAAACUCCAUUUUCCAUUAAAAAUAGAGGAAACAAAAAAAAAAUGGCUCUCAAUCGCACCACCGCCAUUCCCAUAUCUCUCUUCCUCUUCCUCCAGUCGGCUCUCGCCACGUCAGUCCCCCUCACCUUCACCGACGACACACCGUCAGCCUACGAAGUCCUCCAAGACUACAAUUUCCCCGUCGGUAUCCUCCCCAAAGGAGUCGUGAAGUACGAUUUAGAUGAAUCCACGGGUCGUUUCCAUGCCUACUUAAAUGGCUCGUGUAGUUUCUCGUUGGAAGGAUCUUAUCAACUCAAAUACAAAUCCACAAUCAGCGGAAUCAUAUCCGAUAACAAGCUCACGGACCUUUCUGGAAUAAGCGUCAAGGUCUUUUUUCUAUGGCUCAACAUUGUGGAGGUUACUAGAGAUGACGAUGAGCUGGGUUUUUCAGUAGGGAUUGUCUCUGCGAGCUUUCCAAUUGAUAACUUUAUGAGUGUCCCCAGUGUGGAUGUGGGCUGGAUGCCUUAA